GCUGUUAAUUGGAAAUAAGAGUGAGCAGAGAUGUCCUGGUCCGAUGAUCAGGCAACACGGCAACAAGGCAUCAACAGAAUCAUGGACAGCUCAAGAUAUCAAGAGCAGCCGAGGGCGAGAUCCAAUCACUACUCUACUAAGUUGAUUUAGACGGGGAAGCGGCAUAUACCUAGUCCACCUCCAAUAAUUACAAAUAUCCGCAUUGGCGACAUGGACAUCCCAACCGCCGCAAAUGUGCUGGGGACAAUGGGAGCUGUAUGUUGGUCGAUCCAGUUGAUCCCUCAGAUAAUCAUCAAUUACCGACGGCAUCAUGCGAUUGGAUUGCAGCCGUCCAUGAUGAUGCUUUGGGCAUGGGCAGGUGUGCCGCUGGGGGUAUAUAACAUUGUGGAGGAAUUCAACAUCGCCCUGCGAAUCCAACCGCAGCUAUUGACGUGCCUGAGUCUCAUCACUUGGAUCCAAUGCUACUAUUACAACAAGCACUGGUCGAUCGUUAAAACUCUCUAUGUCGUCGUUCCCAUCGCGGUCCUAAUGGCAGGGCUGCAAGUCGCGUUGAUCGUGGCACUGCGUAUCGCAAGAGACCGACACAUCCAGUGGCCGAUGACCCUCAUGGCGGUGCUCUCCGCCGUGCUCCUAGCCGCGGGGGUCCUCCGACAUUAUGUGGACAUCGUCAAACACAAGACCGUGCGUGGGAUUUCAUUUCUGUUCGUUGCGCUCGACGCGGCUGGCGAUCUGUUCUCCCUUAUCUCCGUCUUGUUCCAGACGAGCGUGGAUGUCCUGGGGUUGGUCAUCUAUGGUUCGGAGUUGAUUCUCUGGCUGGGCGUGUUUGCUGCGGGGGGGUAUUUGAACCUGCGUCCGUGGCUGAAGAAGAAGUAUGGGAAGGAGAGCAAGACCGCAGAGCGUGAGGGCAUAGGCGCUGUCGACGGGAAUCCGUCAGAUGAUGCGCAAGAAGCUAACAAUUCGGUGGCUCUACACGAUUUGCCGUCUUCCACUUCGGUCUUCCGCACCGCAUCGAGCGAUACCGGCGUCUCCCGCAUGCGAGGAACGCACACUCAACCGACAGACGCGGAAGCAUGAGCGAGUUGCGCA